UUUAUUCUUUAAUAUCCGUAGGUUAGGAUUAUGUAAAAUAUAUAUCUACUUAAGCUCUCGCGUGUAUUAGUACAUAUGUGUAUAAAUAUCUACGUACACAUGUAUAUGUAUACACACACACACAAUAUGGAUAUAUAUAACAUAGUAACCCUUAGCAACUCGACUGUUGUGUUCCUAUGGAGGCAAAUUGUUUGAUACUCUUCUCUGUACAGUGUUUGCAAAAAGGUUUUUACAAUUGUUUAUACGGUUAUUUUCCAUACGAAAUGAGUAUGAAAAUGAAUAAAGUAAGCUGUGAUAAAGUAGAAUGCGUGGAUGGUACUGUCAAGAAUUUAAAUCCCGAUAAGAACGUGACGGAGGAAGAGUUUCAGAAUUUUAUGCAUCGCGUUACCGAAGUGGAAAGCAUCGUGAAGAAAUUGGCGUCUCACGAUCCGAAGGAACAAGAAUGCGGCAGGAUAUUAGCCGAUGAGAUUUUAGAGAAAAAUGUUCAAGGGGAAAUUCACGAGGACGAGACUGAGGUGAGAAUUAAAGCCAACAGAUCAGUGAUUAAUAAGUAUUCCAAGGAAGAUAGCUCUAACGAUCCAAACAAGAUAUCGCGAGAAAUGUUCAUGAAGAGCGUAGAGGACGACGCUAGGAAGCGGGCUGAAGAUCGCCGAGUCAGGAACGAACGAGCAGAGACGCUGAAGAGAAUCGCCAACGGCGCGUUCAAGCAGGAUGAUUACGAGAAGGCGGUGACAUAUUACAGCAAAGCGUUGGAACAACGCAAGGAUUCCUCCGUGAUAUGGAAUAACCGGGCGUUGUCGUACAUGCACCUCGGCUUAUUCCAGAAGGCAUUGCACGACUGCGAGUGGGCCUUGAAAGUGAACGAUUCGAAUCUGAAGGCUCUCCUCAAUAGCGCCAAGUGUCAUAUGUAUCUCGGAGACAGCAACAAGUACCGAGAAUAUAUACAGAUUGCCAAGCAGAGGAAUCCUCACUUUCACAAGUUUAUCGAAGAAUUCGAAGAGAGUACAACGGAAUCUUUCAACAAGUUCAAUGGUAACGAAGUAUGACAGACCCUUUGUUAAAGGAACAAUCAUGUACAAUCAUCUUUUGGAGAUGUCGGACAAUGUAAUAAAUUAGUGAUACAAAUAUGCUUAUUAUUUUGUACGGCAGUAUGUUUUCUUCGCA